AUGAAGGAAAGACAUCACCCCGUCGCAGAGCCUGUCAAGGUCCGAGUACACGAUGCCGUCGCCCGAGUAGCCUUUGGAAGUUUCUUGGUAACCAAGGAACUUCUCCAAGCCAGAGCACAGGUUAGGCGAUUUGGGGGAGUUUGGGGAAAGACGAUUUUAGGUCAGGGAGGCAGCGAGGCAGUGAGGGAGGUGGGUGGACAGGGUGAGGGAAGUGAAGAGGCGAAAGAGGGCGAUGAGGGAGGAAGAUGGGUGGAGGUAAGGGGAUUUAGGGGGUGGAGGUGGAAAGUGGAAAAUGAGGAUUUGGGCGAAGGACGCCGACGGAGGAGGUGA